AUGAAAAAACACCCGAAUCUUCUUCUUGGUUUCAGCGUCUACCUUUCAGCUGGGACUAAGCUAACCAUCCCUCCCGAGGCUGAGCAACAUACUGCGCCAUCUGAUAAUAACAAACGAAAACGUGCUAAGUGUGAUGAUCCAUCGAUGAUCAAGAUUACGUCUGAAAAUAACAAAAGAACACGUGCAACGUGUGAUGAUCCAUGGAUGAUCACGAUAACGUCUGAUAAUAACAAAAGAAAACGUGCUAAGUACUGUGAUGAUCCAGAUUAUGAUCCGGAUUAUGUGAAGAAGCUUAAGGUAUAUAAAGUGCUCAAAUUAUAA